AUGGGUGUAGAUUCAUUGGCUAUUGAUGCAGAUAAUGCACAUACGAAUUUGGCACCGGGUAAGUCCCUUAUGGCGCUUCAGGAGCAUGCGUUGCUCCUAUUUGGUAAUGAGAGAUGCAUUGAUGUGAGAUUGCAUCUAUCAGAUGUUGCUCGACAGGUGAGCACAUACUCGCAUCUUUUUUGUUGGUUACUAGCAUAUGACCCGUGUCGUAACAGUCUGGGGUUUGAGCUGAUGUUGUUGGCUCUUAGGAAAGAAGAUCCAAGUACUUGGUCUAGGGCCUAUUUUGAUCCCCUUAGCUGUUGUGAGCAUAUGAAUAACAAUUUCUCUGAAUCUUUUAAUUCCAUGGCUUCUAAUAUGAGAGAUAAACCUAUAAUCCAACUAGGCAUGAUGUAUGGUCAGUUAGUCAUGGGUUUGUUAUUUAAGAGAAGGGAAGAAUUUGCUAAGUGGAAUGAAAAUUGUUUGGUCCCUGCUGCUGUUAAAUUGAUAAAUAAGAUGCUUGACUUGGUUGGAAAGUUUGAUACAGAAGGCAGUGUGGUUGGACAAGUUUAUUUGGUAACUAAUGUGAUCACCAAGAAAAUAUUCACAGUGAAUAUUAUAGACAAACAAUGCACUUGUUUGCAAUGGCAGCUAAGGGGAUUCCCUUGUCAACAUGCUGUAUGUGCAUUGAAACUGCUGAGGCCAAACUGGAAAGAUUAUUGUGCUCCUUACUAUUCUGUGGAGUAUUAUAGGACCACAUAUGCAAAUGCUGUCACACCCUUAGAAGACAUAACUGAAUGGUUAUGGGAAGAUAAGGAAACCAUGAACGUCAACGUAAACCCUCCUCCUUAUCAGAGAAAAACUGGAAGACCAGCAAAGAAGAGGAAGAGAAGUUAUGAUGAACCUGAAACUGUGGUGAAGAAAAGGAAGUGUGGAAAAUGUGGAUCUAUUGCUGGCCACAACAAGAGAACCUGUGCUGGUGGUGAUGUUGGUAAAAACCAAACUGGAUUCAAGCCAAGCACUGAGUAUGAUGCUGCAAACUGCACCUUCACACAUAGAGAUCAGCCUGAAAGUAGCACUGCAAGGGGUAAAGCCAAGGUGAACAGAUCCAGAGGUACAUCAUUUUUUGGGUGA